GUCUGUAAGUGUGUGAGAUGCCGGUGGUCGCGCUGUUCUUCCUCCCGCUGCUGAUCGGUUCCUGCCGCGGAAUCGAUCACAAUGAGACCGAUCAGAGAGUUUUCCCGGUCAUAUCGAUUAAUUAUCAGCAUGUUCAGAUGCCGUUCGAGAUCUCGCUGUGGAUUCUGCUGGCGUCGAUCCUGAAACUGGGGUUCCACCUGGUCCCGCAUGUGUCCGCUGUGGUUCCGGAGAGCUGUGUGCUGAUAGUGGUGGGUCUGCUGGUUGGUGGGCUGAUCCGUGUUCUAGGUGAGGAUCCGCCGGUUCUGGACUCGCAGCUGUUCUUCCUGUGCCUGCUGCCACCCAUCAUCCUGGACGCCGGCUACUUCCUGCCCAUCCGGCCCUUCAUGGAGAAUGUGGGUACCAUCCUGACCUUUGCGGUGCUGGGCACGCUGUGGAGCGCCUUCUUCAUGGGUGUGGCGCUGUACGGAGCCUGCCAGCUGGAGGGUGCGGAGCUGGCCGGGGUGGAUCUGCUGUCCUGCCUACUGUUCGGCUCCAUCGUGUCGGCCGUGGACCCGGUAGCGGUGCUCGCCGUCUUCCAGGAGAUCCACAUCAACGAGCUGCUGCACAUCCUGGUGUUCGGGGAGUCCCUGCUGAACGACGCCGUGACCGUGGUCCUGUAUCACCUGUUUGAGGAGUUUGUGCAUCGAGGUGAGGUGACGGCGGGCGAUGUGUUUCUUGGCGUGGUGUGUUUCUUCGUGGUGUCUGUGGGUGGAGUUCUGGUGGGGUGUGUGUACGGCUUCCUGGCCGCGUUCACCUCGCGCUUCACGGCGCACACACGCGUGAUCGAGCCACUCUUCGUCUUCCUGUACAGCUACAUGGCCUAUCUGUCUGCCGAGGUCUUCCACCUGUCCGGCAUCAUGGCGCUAAUCGCAUGUGGAGUGGUGAUGCGGCCCUAUGUGGAGGCCAACAUUUCCCACAAGUCCUACACCACCAUCAAAUACUUCCUGAAGAUGUGGAGCAGCGUGAGCGAGACCCUGAUCUUCAUCUUCCUCGGGGUGUCGACGGUCGCGGGACCACAUGCCUGGAACUGGACCUUCGUCAGCCUCACCCUCGCCCUGUGCCUGCUGUCCAGAGUUCUGGGUGUGGUAGGCUUAACGUUCAUCAUCAAUAAGUACCGCAUGGUGAAGCUGAGCGGGAAGGAUCAGUUCAUUGUGGCGUACGGAGGUCUGCGCGGCGCCAUUGCCUUCUCUCUAGCAUUUCUGCUGUCCAGCGAGAGCUGCGCCAUGAAGGACCUGUUCCUCACCGCCGUCAUCACCGUCAUCUUCUUCACCGUCUUUGUGCAGGGAAUGACGAUUCGGCCACUCGUCGACCUGUUGGCCGUCAAGAAGAAGAAGCAGAGUAAAUUUUCUGUAAAUGAGGAGAUUCACACUCAGUUUCUGGAGCAUCUGCUGACCGGAAUCGAGGACGUUUGCGGACACUACGGACACCACCACUGGAGGGACAAGAUCAGUCGCUUCAACAAGCGCUACAUGAUGCGGUUUCUGAUUGGUGGUGAGCGCUCACAGGAGCCGCAGCUUAUCUCAUUCUACAAGCAGAUGGAGCUGGAGCAGACCAUGAAGAUGCUGGAGAACAACAGCACAACCAGCCUGAGCAGUGCAGCGACACAACUGCAUCAGCGCAGUAAGAGGACACUCAACAUCUCUAAAGAACGAGAGGCAGAAAUCCGGAAAAUGCUACGAGCUAACCUGCAGAAAACCCGACAGCGACUGCGCUCCUACAGUCGACACACACUGCUGCCGGAUGCUGAGGAGGACGACUGGAGCGAGACACGACUCCGCAAACAGCGCAUGGAGAUGGAGCGGCGGAUGAGCCACUUUCUGACGGUUCCUGCCAAUCGUCCAGAGUCUCCGAGGCGAGCGCGUCUACAGACAGAUCUAGAUGGCCGUGCUCAGAAGGCCAGCGUGACCUUCGCUGAGGAGCUGGAGGAGCACCGAGACUGACCCCUGACCUGCCAGAGGAGGAGCCAUAAAGCCUUGUUCUCUCUCAGGUCCUGUACUGAUGAUCUGCUGUUCAUGUGUGUGUGUGUGUGUGUGUGUGUGUGUGUGUGUGUGUGCGGAUACGCGUUCAGGAGGAUCUCAUCAUGCUCCUCCAGCAUCAGACUCUUGAUCUUUGUUUGAUUAAUGACUGAUCAUGUGCUUGGCUUCAUAAUCAAUCGCUGGUGUUCAUUUUAAAAAUAAAGACUCU